GGCGGGCCGCCCGGCUCCCGGAAGAGGCGCCGCCGCCGCCCGCUUGACUUCCCCGGCAGGCAGGCGGGCAGGCAGGCAGGGGAGCGCCAUGCUGCAGUUCUUGCUUGGUUUUACUCUUGGCAAUGUGGUUGGGAUGUAUCUGGCUCAGAACUAUGAUAUUCCUAACAUAGCAAAGAAGCUUGAAGAGUUCAAGAAGGAUGUGGAAGCUAAGAAGAAACCUCCCAGUGACAAGUCCUAACAGAGCAAUGUUACCCAGGUCAACUUGGUGCAUACAUCAAGGAUGCAGUUUACAAAGAUCAAGUAGAGGGUUGGCAUGGGAGAUUCUUCCACUUUUAGUCUCCUAGAAAUGGAAUGUCCUUCUUUUGAAAGAGCAGCCGUGAACUUUUCCUGGGACUGAUUUUCAAGGGUUUCAGAAUUUGGAUUUGCAGCUGAUACGUGACUGGAUGAGAUUGUUUGUAUUUUUUGUUAUUGCUUUUCCUAAUAUUUUAUAACCCAUUUUUACCUCAUCCAACUGGAGUCCUGUUAGUCCUGUUACAAUGUGUACCUUACACUUUGUGAUACCCUAGUUCUUAGAAUAUAGCAAAAUAAAUUAAAUGCAUCAAGAAGUAA